UAGGGGAUAACCAAUGGCCACCGACUACAUCAAGCAGGUCUCUAUCACUGGAGAUGUUUCCGAAAUUGGAGAUAAGGAUGAUAUCAUGAAGAAAUGGGCCGCCGAGGUGGCGAAGGAGAUCAGCGAGCAGAAGCCUGAAUUCGCUGUAGUUCAUGUGCAAGGACUGCUUUCGGCAGCGGACCCGGACUAUGUGGCCAAAGUGCUACUCGGAGGGAUAGUUGAUGCGCCCGAAAUAUAUCGACAGUUCGAAACAUCAACAGCAUUCUUCGACACAACAGUGACAGGGCUGGGAAAUCUAUAUUUGUUCCGAGAUGCGUCUGCAGUUCAACAGUUCGAUCGGUAUUUGAAUACCGGUUAUCGACAAUUGACCCCGGGUCAUGAUCAGUUCGUUGGACGCUCGGAAGUCGAUGGAUUCAUACAGAGCACAUUCGGACAACAACGACAACAACACUCCUUCCACAGAGAGUUUUAUCGUGAGGAUGGCACUCGCGAUAUCUCGCAGCAGCACACGGGAUUUCUUCUGGCUCGUUUCAGGAUCCAUGGGAAAGAGAUGACGUUCGUAAAUGUCAAUCUGCAUUCUGUUCCAUUCGAAGAUGUGAACGAGAUCGUCGAGCAUCCUAUGGUCACCAAAGCCGCACAACAACGGCAGCAGCAAGUUGAAAUACUUCUGAAAGCGCUUGAAGAAGAGGGUUUGCGAAACGAUGCUAUCCUUGUAGCUGGUGCAUUCAAUGCGCAGCUUCACGAAACGGCGCUUUUGACGUAUCUCGCUCGAACACAAAUGGUGCAAACUGUGGCCAAAAAAGACGAUUUGGGAAGGGUCGAAGCCAUUGAGCAUUUCGACAGACACGGAAGGGAAAUCACAACUGUUGAACGAUGUCGAUUUGAUCUCCAUUCUAUUCAUGACUGGUUCUUCCGCCUUGGUAGAGGCCAAAUGGUAAAGAAGUACAACAGCGAGUUGGGUCCAGUCACGUUCAAGGGUCAGCUCAAAGAAGAAAGCGUAUUCUUCCAGCCCUCACGUCACUAUGCCAUCAAUCCGCAUACUGGUAAGGAAGAAUUCAUGAGGACACUUUGCCCAGCUUGGGCUGACCGAGUGCUGUACAACGAACGGAUGGACAGCCUCUUCCGACAUGAUUCGUUCUGCGCCUCUGGACUCUAUUACGGUUUGGUUGGUGAAGAAGUGUACAUAGGACAGCACAAGCCUGUUGCCCUACAUGCCUCUAUAUGUGUAAAAUAAGCUCCAAGCCUAUUAUUUUGUGCAUCAUAUUUUGGAAAGUUUUUGAGUGCGUUACUAAUUACCGCAAAGCGUUUUAUGUGCGAAGUAUAAAGAUGAUAUCACACUUU